AUGGCAGCAGCUUCAGCUUCCGCUACUUUCAAGUUCAACCAUCUCUCCUUCUCCUUCUUCUUCUUCUUCCUUCUCCUUAUCUCCUCUGUUCAAAUUGAAGCUAGAGUCAACAAAUUCUUCAGUAAAUUCAUUCAUACAGAUCACGAGGUUGUUCCCAACACACUUUCCCCGGCGCCCCUCUCUGUUCCGCCUGAGACUUCUCCAUCUCUUGCACCGACACCGGCUCCUGCGCCAUUUUUCGACGAAUCCCAGAAUGCUUACGGUCUAUACGGCAGUGAUCCCGAUGCCGAUGAAAACACUCGGACGAUUACCGACGUGGAAGAGGAGAUUCUCGGAGGAGAAGGCGAUCAGGACGAGGGGAAUGACAAAUCUGGGUUUCCGAUGAACAAUUUUGUUGAAACGAGAAAUGAGGAGGAGCAGUACCAGAACAAGAACUAUGAGAACAACAAUGGGUUUAGAAAUUCCGAGUACGAUAACCGCAAUGAGUACAGAAAUUCGGAGUACGAGAACAAUAACAAUGAGGGUAGAAAUUACGAGGACCAGAGGAAUUUUGAAGAGGGCGGGUACAGGAGGAGCCGAUUCGAACCGACAGAGCAGGAAGGGAUGAGCGAUACCAGAUUCAUGGAGAAUGGAAGGUAUUUUCAUGACAUUAACUCGAGGAAUGAUGAAGAAAAUGGAUCGUACGGAAGUAAGAAGAAGUAUCCAAAGUACGAGUUCGAUUCAAUGGAGGAGUAUGAGAGGAGUGAGGGAUUGCUUCCUUGA